GGGGGUGUGUUUGUGGUAUGCAAGGGCGGUACUUUAGUGUGCUUCAGUACAUGCAGCAUACUUCUUGUACUUAACUCUUUUUUACUUUACAGCGAUAUUUGAGUUAGUUGCUGUCGUUUGUGGAGAUUCCUUAAACUGGAGCUUUGAUUUGAAUUUCUGUCACAGUCAGGGUUUCUGCAGUAAAGAUGGCAGCCUCUUUGCUUAGGGUAGGACGACUCGGAUCUCUCAGGUGUCUGCAGACGGAGGGCUGGAGUUCCAUCAGAAGAGCUCCUGCUGUAACUCUUAGCUCAAAAUCUGGGGACGGCAAGAAGUCCAAAAGGUCCAACAAAGAAAAAUCAGCACCAAAAACGUACUUCGAUAUAGAAAAACUCGUCCAGCACAGAUCAUAUGUGGAAUUCCCCAAGAAGGAAGUUGCAGCUUCAGUUGCUGCUGCCUCUACAGAAGCUGCAUCUACUGCUGCUGUUGCACCUGCAGCUGAAGCCUCUGCAGUUGACGCCGCUGCCUAUGCAGCUGAAACAGUUGUACCUGUAGUUGAAGCCGCUGCCCCUGCAGCUGAAAUGGUUACACCUGUAGUUGAAGCCGCUGCCCCUGCCACUGAAACGGUUGCACCUGUAGUUGAAGCCACUGCCCCUGCAGCUGAAACGGUUGCACCUGUAGUUGAAGCCACUGCCCCUGCAGCUGAAACGGUUACACCUGUAGUUGAAGCCGCUGCCCCUGCAGCUGAAACGGUUGCACCUGUAGUUGAAGUCACUGCCCCUGCAGCUGAAACGGUUACACCUGUAGUUGAAGCCGCUGCCCGUGUAGUUGAAUCCGCUGCCUCUGCAGCUGAAACGGUUGCACCUGUAGUUGAAGCCGCUGCCCCUGCAGCUGAAACGGUUGCACCUGUAGUUGAAGCCGCUGCCUCUGCAGCUGAAGAUGUUGCACCUGCUGAAGCCCCUGUAGUUGAAGCCGCUGCCCCUGCAGUUGAAGCCGCUGCCCCUGCAGUUGAAGCCGCUGCCCCUGCAGUUGAAGCCGCUGCCCCUGCAGUUGAAGCCGCUGCCCCUGCAGUUGAAGCCGCUGCCCCUGCAGUUGAAGCCGCUGCCCCUGCAGUUGAAGCCGCUGCCCCUGCAGUUGAAGCCGCUGCCCCUGCAGUUGAAGCCGCUGCUCCUGUAGCUGAUGCCGCUGCCUCUGAAGUUGAAGCCGCUGCCCCUGUAGUUGAAGCCGUUGCCCCUGCAGCUGAAACCGUUGCACCUGCUGAAGACGUUGCCCCUGCAGCUGAAACCGUUGCACCUGCUGAAGACGCUGCUCCUGCAGCUGAAACCACUGCCUCUACAGUUGAAGCCGCUGCCCCUGCAGCUGAAGCUCCUGCUGCACCAGUAUCUGAAGCUGCACCCACAGAAGAAGCCCCUGCCCAAGAAGCAAUUGCUGAAGUUGUAGAAACAGUCAAUGAAGUAGUUGCAGAAGCUGCCCCUAUUGAGCCAGUUGCAGAGGCAGCUCCUGCUGAAGAGCUGGUAGAUUCUGCCCCUGUGAUCACAGAUGCUACUGAAGUUCCAGCAGAAGUUGUGGAGACGCCUGAGGCUGGAUUGGACCCCAUUCAGAAACUUUUCCUAGAUUCAAUUCGUGCAUACUCCACAAAAAGCGGUGCCGCUGGUGGUCUAGUUGAUGCCGGUCCAGAGUAUCAGAAGGCUCUUGCUGAGGAAAUAGCCAAACUGCAGCGGUUGUAUGGUGGUGGUGAUCUGACUUCCUUCCCAGAAUUCAAAUUCCCAGAGCCUAAAUUUGAUGAAGUGUCCUCCAAGUAAACGUCUGUUUUCCUCUCCUGUGCCUCAGCCCAAUUUUGUGAAAGAGGUCUUUAAAUGACUUGUCUUUCAUCUGUGAAAGUGAACAUUUCGUGAGAUUUUUAAUUUUGUGAGACUCUAAAUACUAAAUAACUAUUUUUCAAAAAUUCUUAUGUCUAAUGGAAAAAGCUACCUGUUACAGUACAUGAAACGCACAUGUGGAAGAGAACAUUGCUUAGCUGUUAAAUAAAUGCUUGUUGCUUUCCAUAAUGUUUGUCAGUGAGUUUAAGUAUUUGGGGAAAGAGCUGAAUAAACUGAGCCAACACAUGUUCUGUCUGGUCUGCAUGUUUUUUUUGUUUGUUUAUUUAUUUUUUUGUUUGUUUGUUUGUUUUUUUUUUUUUUAAAUUAUUGGAAUAAUGUAAAAUUGUGUGCAGGUAUGAAAUAUGGUAUAUUUCAUCAUAGUUCUUGGAUUCUUAAUUUAAGUUACAAUUAUGUUACAUUUACUGUAAAAUGGUAAGUGGGGGGAUAGGCCUACUGAAUUAAUUUGUAAGGCCCAAAAUGGUGUAUUUUAAGGAGGGAUGCAAUGGCUGUACAAUAAAACGUGACAAUUGUGACAUGCGCUUAAAAUCUAAAUCAGUUUUGUACUUUUAAAAUCUGUGAAGAGUACAGUUUAUUUGUUUGCUUGCAAAUGCUGUAUGACAAUAUUCAGCAAACCAUUUUAAGAAGGAAAUGAUGCACAUAUUUGGGUAAUUCCUGGGAUUUGGUGCCUUUUGUGUCCCCAUUAAAGAUCAUGAUCUUAGUGCUUUAAAUUGUUGAACAAUAUCCAUUUUAAAGCUGUCUUAAUCAAUAACACAAUUUGAAAAUUUGAACUCUUAGCAUAUUGAAGUUGAUUAAAAAAAAAUUGAAGUUGAUUCAAAAAAAAUAAUUUGAGACAUUUUACAGCAUUUUAAACAACCAAAUCACACCAUGUCUCAAGGCUUGCGUAUCCCAUUUACACUUACUGUACAUCGUUAGGUAUAUCAGUAAUGAUUCUCUCAAAUAUAUUGUUUUUUGUUUUUUUUUCAAUUAUUACAUAUUUUUAUUAAUUUUUAAAAUUGGUCUGUAUAACAACAUAAACCAUAUUUGUCAUAAUUUUGGCAUAUAAUUAUUCAAGAAUAAAACAUUAGAAGAACAUGAAAAUCACCACAGUGGUUCUUGGGGAGAUGUAGAACAAGAAUCAGGUGGAGUUUGCAGAAAACAAUUUGAUUUCAUUUUUUUUUAUUAAUUUUUAAAAUAUGUCUGUAUAGAGAGGUAAAUAGUGUAUGACUUUGACAUAUAAUUAUUAAAGAAUAAAACAGUAAAACAACAUGAUAGUAGUUGGGAACAUGUAUAACAAGAAUCAGGUGAAGUUUGCAGUAAACAGUUUGAUUUUAUUUAUUUUUUAAUGAAUUUAAAAAAAAAAUUCUACCGACACUAAACACCUACCACGCAACCGAGUAGACGCGCAAUACAUUUUAAGCAUAGAUGGCGUGACCGCGCUUCUUCUUUGGAGGGAAAACUUGGGCAAUGUCUCCUGCGUGAAGGCUGGACACCUAGGACCCCAUUUGUUGCAGCACUGUGCACUAAAGGGGAUGUCACACCCAAAACAGCAAAAAAGUCAAAGGCUUCAAGUAAGA